UAUUCCUUUUUGGGGUGCUUAGAGAAAUCAAAUUCACUGUUCAAGGGCGCAGAAGCAUCUCAGAUAACAAUGAUUUUCAGAACUUUUUUAUUGUGGACGGCCCUUGUAGUCGCCUCCUAUGAGGCAAGAAAAGUUAUGGUCGCUUAUGAUUACCAUGGUAAAGUUAUCAAACUACAAAAAGAGAUUAAAGAUAAAGAUCUAAUAGAAAAGCGUAGUGCAAGCCCUUGUGGAAUGGACUGUUCUGCAGGAAUGUGUGCUCCUUCGUGUCCUUCAAUGUGUUGUGGAGGCGGUGGAGGCGGCGGCGCAAUGAUGGCACCUGUUGCCCCAGCACCAGCACCAAUGAUGUGCAUGCCAAUGGGCGGAGGCGGUGGAGCAGCAGCACCACCACCAGCACCAAUGCCAGGACCACCUGGACCACCUGGACCUCCUGGACCYCCUGGAUCACCUGGUUGUAUGGGACCCUCAGGAGCAUCUGGGUACCGAGGAAUGAAUGGACCAAUGGGACCAAUGGGACCAGGGGGGCCAAUGGGACCAAUGGGACCACCAGGACCACCAGGUGCACCCGGUGCCCCGGCACCUGCACCUCCACCUUGCGCUCCAAUUUGUAUCCAUCAUUGUAUGAAGAUUUGCCCUAUGGGAUGCUGCCACGCAGGAGCAGGAGGAGGAGGAGGAGGUGGUAUGCCRCCACCACCCCCACCMCCACCACCACCACCACCACCACCUCCAAUGAUGAUGUGCUGUCCACCACCAGCACCACCACCCCCAAUGCCUAUGGGACCAUCCAUGGGAUGUGCCCCACAAUGUGCUCCAGCAUGUUGUCGAGGCAAGAAGUAAUAUGAUUCGAGUAUAUUAGGACUUAUAUAUUUUAUGAUUUUUAAUUCGAUGAAUACAGCACGCGCAAAAAUUUCUAAGAAAUGUGCAAGAGUUUUAACGAUCGAUAGUUCUAUUUGUAAUUUAUAUAGUUAAACAAAACAAAAUUGAUUAAUAAAAAGAUGUAGGGAUUGUAUUUGUCGUGUGACAUCCGACUACGCCAAUAACUCAAAUUUCGCGAAAAAAAUGUAUACGCCCUAAUUUGCAGAAAGCGAAAUUUGCCUCUUUUAAAUUUAAUUACCUCGCUCGCUUCGCAACAAAAAUGCUUGUAUAGUUACGAUUUUUAACACGUGUAUCAGUUUAAUUACUUGGGCUACUAGCGUUGUGUUUGUAAUGUCAAUUUGUUUCGUUAGUCAACUACAGUCCUAUAUAUUUAAACAAUGUUCACAAAUUAUUUUGCCUACCUGUGCGGGAAAAAUCCGUCUUUUUGAAUUUUUUGAAUCGUAGAAUGCUAACAUAACUAUUUUAAUAGUUAAAAGUGUUCAAAACUUGAAAAMGAUUUGGAGCGUGGAAGGCAAACCAAUUUGUGAGGGCUGUUUAGAUAAUCAGCUAGUUGUUGGCCUUGCAACAUUAAACCAUUACCCCAUA